AUGGUUUCCAAUUUCCAGGGUCACCCGGAGUUACUCUCCAUCAGCACGGGCUAUCCGGUGGACGUAGAGGAGGCGUCAUCCUCCCUGAACCACAACCUUAUCCGACACCAGUUCUUCCUGGAGACCACCCUUCACCUCAGCAUGGAGCGGAUCCCCGAGCGCGUCAUGCACGCCCCCGGCACCGGGGCCUUCGGCUUCUUCCACCUCACCCACGACCUCAGCCACAUCUGCAAAGCCAAACUCUUCAGCCGAGUGGGAAAGAAGACCCCAGUUGGCGUCCGAUUCUCCCACGUAGCUGGAUUCAGAGGCCUUAGUGAUACUGUGCGUGAUGGAAGAGGCUUCGCCGUCAAGUUUUACACAGAAGAUGGGAAUUUUGACAUGGUCGGCCUGAACUCUCCCGUCUUCCCCAUCCUCGACCCGCUAUUCUUCACCUCGUUUGUCCACGUGUUGCAUCCGAACCCUAAAACGGGCGUGAUGGAUCAGAACCCGUUGUGGGACUUCCUCACUUUGAGGCCCGAAAGCGCUUUGUUUUCGAUCCUGCUAUUCUCUGACCGGGGUACACCGGCUGGCUAUCGGCAUAUGCCGGGGUUCAGCAUACACACCUACCAGGUCGUCAACGAACGCGGCCACCCCAGCUUCAUGCGUCUGCACUUCCUGCCUGACGGCGGCAUGAAGAAUCUCCUAAACGACGAAGCAACCCGCCUUGCCGGCGAAGACCCCAACUACUACACGAGGGAUUUAUACAACGCUAUAGCCGAAGGAGACUUCCCCACGUGGACCGUCGCAGCGCAAAUCCUCUCAUUGGAGCAAGUCAAGAAGGCACAUUUCGACGUCUUCGAUGUGACAAAAUUUCUGCCGUUGGAAAAAUACCCGCUACAUCCAAUCGGUCAACUUGUCCUAAACAAAAAUCCGGAGAAUGCCUUCGCUGAAGUGGAGCAGAUAGCCCUGAAUCCUGGAAACCUGGUCCCUGGCAUCCUGGGCGCGCCAGACAAGAUGUUUGAGGGUCGCAUGCUGUCCUACAAAGACGCGCAAGCUUACAGACUCAACGGGAACCUCAACAAGAUUGCUGUAAACUCUCCCUUGAAGCGUCCGUUCACUUACAACCGGGACGGGCAGCCUCCUGUUGCAGACAACGAGUUAGACGCUCCUAACUACUUCCCUAACUCCUUCCACGGGCCUGCGCCGUACGUUUCUAAAGGUACUCCGAAGCUCAUAGAGAUUGUUCAACAUGAGACGGACAACGUGCUCCAGGCUCGUGAGUUCUACGGCCAGGAGCUGACGCAGCUGGAGCGAGCCACUCUGCCCGGGAACGUGGUGGCCAGCCUCCGUGCAGUGGCCCCGCAUAUCCAGGAGCGGGCCGUCAAGAUGUUCUACCUGAUAGACAAGGAGCUCGGACAUCGGAUUGAGAUAGGGCUGAAAAAUGCCACUUCGAAGUGUGGCCUGUUUCAUUAAAUUCAAUAUUUGUGUAAUUUAAAAUUUAAAUCCGACAAU